GGGCAGCAAGGAGCCCUGCCGGAGCCGCCGCGCCCCGCUCCCGGCCGGGGGAGCCACUCGGGAGGAGGAGCCGCCGGCAGCAGCAGCAGCCCAGAUGCGCAGCGAGGCGGCCGGGCAGGAGACCGUGGGCUGCUACUGGCAGUUGCAGGAUGAAGUCGCCUCCCUGCUGCAUGUCCCUUUCUUCCCAGACAACCGGACAGGAGCCAGGGGACAGCACAUCGCUGGGUUCCCUGGAGUCCAGCGUCUUCUGCAGUGAGGAGGAGCAGGGGCCCUUGCUGCAGAAAGUUGACCCCACCUUAGACUGUUUCACCAUCAAUGUGGGAGGCAGCCGCUUCGUACUGUCCCAGCAAACUCUGUCUUGCUACCCAGACACCCGGCUCGGCAAGCUGGCCAUGGUGGUGUCCGCUGCCCGGGAUGUAGCCUCUAGCCUCCUGGAGCUCUGCGACGAUGCCAACCUGGUGGAGAACGAAUAUUUUUUCGACCGGAGCUCACAGGCAUUUCGCUACAUCCUGAAUUACUACCAGACAGGAAGGUUGCAUGUGAUGGAGCAGCUGUGCGCCCUCUCCUUCCUGCAGGAGAUCCAGUACUGGGGUCUGGACGAGCUCAGCAUUGACUCCUGCUGCAGAGACAGGUACUUCAGGAGGAAGGAACUGAGUGAAGCCUUGGAUAUCAAGAAAGAUGCAGAAGAGCUGGAUGCCCAGGAUGAGGAAGAGGAUUUCUCUGGGAGUCUCUGUCCCAAUGUCAGGCAGAGGCUCUGGGAGAUGCUGGAGAAGCCUCGCUCUUCUGUAGCUGCCAGGACUUUUGGCACCCUCUCUAUGGCCUUUGUUGUCGUGUCCAUUGCCAACAUGGCCUUGAUUUCUGUGGAGCUGAGCUGGUUGGCGCCCCCACUACUGGACGCCCUGGAGUAUGUGUGCAUUGUCUGGUUCACAGCGGAGUUUGCCCUGCGGCUCCUGUGCACACGGGAUCGGUGGAGAUUCCUGAGGAGCGUGGCGAACAUCAUCGACCUGCUGGCCAUUUUACCCUUCUACAUCACCCUGCUGGUAGAGAGCAUGUGCGGUGGGGAGAGCUCUCAAGAGCUGGAGAAUGUGGGGCGCAUCGUCCAGGUGCUGAGGCUGCUCAGAGCUCUGCGUAUGCUGAAGCUGGGCAGACAUUCCACAGGCUUGCGAUCUCUUGGGAUGACUAUUGCACAAUGCUACGAGGAGGUUGGCCUGCUGCUGCUUUUUCUCUCUGUGGGAAUUUCUAUAUUUUCCACGGUGGAGUAUUUUGUUGAACAAGGUGUCCCUGGCACAACUUUCACAAGUGUGCCCUGUGCAUGGUGGUGGGCAACAACUUCCAUGACAACCGUUGGUUAUGGCGACAUUAGACCAGACACUACCACUGGCAAGGUAGUGGCCUUUAUGUGUAUAUUAUCGGGAAUAUUGGUCUUGGCUUUGCCUAUAGCUAUAAUAAAUGACCGUUUUUCUGCUUGUUAUUUUACGCUGAAGAUAAAGGAGGCUGCUCUUCGACAGCGUGAAGCUCUAAAGAAGCUCACAAAGAACACAUCCACUGACUCAAAUAUCAAUGUUAAUUUGCGAGACAUAUAUGCUCGCAGUAUCAUGGAUAUGUUACGGUUAAGAAGCAGAGAGAGAGCAAGCACCAGGAGCAGUGGUGGAGAUGAUUUUUGGUUUUGACUUCAUAAAGCCUUGUAUAACAUACAGACAACUUCAAGGUGUAGUAGUGAAUGGUAGGACAGCUGUCAUUUUACAUUAUUCACUCUUAGCAUAUUUGCUCUCCAAUUUGCAAUUUUAUUGUCUUGGUGCAUUUAAGAUAACUAGUGUAGGCCAAAGGCAUAACUCAAAACCUGGGAACUCCCAAGGGGCUUUGAAACUAAUUUUCACAAUUGGUUCUUGAACUGGAAAAAUAUAGGGACCCAUCAAAGUAAAAUAAUGAUCCAAAUAUUUGUCUAUGAAUCUUAUGUUUUUGCUAACAUAGAGUAAUAAAGUUUUACACCCUCUCCCCCCUGCCCCACAAAAAAGGGGGGAGGCUUUUGGUGGAAAGAAUGAGGGAAUUAAAAAUACUUGAAAAGAAAGAAGCUUACGGAGGAAAGCACUGGCAACAUUUAUGAUGGCUUUUAUAUUAUGCAUUAUUGUUUGUAGACAUAAACAAGAGUCAAGGGGCUGAU